CCUCGCGCCCAGCGCUGCAUCCGGGCCCCCUGCCCAUCCCCAGCCGUGGCCGCACUUUGCCUCUCCCGGCCUGCCCCGCCGGGGCGCAGCCCGUACCCUGCCCGUGGCUCCUAGCGCGGGGCGAGGGUGAAGUGGAGAGGGAGACUGCUCCCAGACGGUUGCGAGGCAGAAAGUGUGGGGAUCUGGCCUUCUCACCAGUCCCCUCGCUCCAGACCCUAUGCCAGAAGCCCCUUGUCCACAGUGACGUAAAGCAGGCACCUUCUUUGUCCUUGGAGGGCAGCCGGCGCCUGGGAACGAGCGUCUCGGUGCUCUCAGCCGGCGCUGAACGCGAGUGGAUCCGGCCAGGCCCCCUCAAAUGAUGGGGUGCAGGCAGUCAGCUGUCCUUGUGUCUCUGUUUCUCGCACCUACUGCGCCCUUCCUCAUCGACACUCCUUUCCGUUGUCUUCAACUGAUCCCCCCUAAGUGGCUUCAUCUUGAUAGAGGGUUGAGGAAAAGGAUUGGGUUUUAGAGAACGUUACAGAAUUCAAACACGAGCCCAGUCUCUCAGCAGGCCCCAGGACCAAAAAGGACAGGGAUUGCAAACCAGGGCAUCAUCCCUUCCUGGGCUUCCUGUAAGUACAGAAUGGCCACACUCAAGCUUACCUUCAAGGCUGAACCGGAAACCUGGAAAGAUAAAGGUUCUGGUGAAAGCAGAUGGAAUGUCUCAUCAGGAGCAUGAGAAAAUGGUUCAUUUCAGCCAGAAUCUCAAGCCCAAGGCCUGCCGCUUUCCAAAGCAACAGGAAGCCUGCUUCUGUGUCAGUUCUGGAGUCCAACCCAGGGGGUGGGGUUGCUGCCCACAUUCUGCCCCCUACCUCCUGCAGGCCAGCGGUGCGAGGAGGAAUGCCUUUCCCCCUGGCAUCACAAUCCGGGUGGUCUCUGCCCCCAGAGAAGGUGGCCCUGGUAAUUGGGGGCCUCGCUGGGGGGUUGCUGCUGCUACUGUUGCUGAUCUGGGUGAGCUGCUGUCUCUGGAAGAAGCUUCGGACCCUGUCCACCUAUGAGGAGCUGCCAGGGAGCACCACUGCCUCCAGCGUACAGGGGGGCAAGCUCUACCCCCCACCUGCCAGGACGCAGACAAGCAGCCUCCAGCCCUCAACCCCUAUGGGCUGAGCGCAAGGAGGCCACAACGGUCACUUGCCACCAAUAUGUAUAUCAUCUCCCCACCUCGGGACAGGCCUCCAGGUGUGCCAUUCGUGGUGCCUCCUUCCCUUCAAGACCAAGACUGGGUACCCCUACACCGUGGAGAGUGGGCCCAGGCCCUACAGGACCCUUGCCUCUCCCCAGAGUUCCUGCCCCGCCCCUCCAGUGGCAGCGUUGGAAAUACAGGCACGGUGGGGACCAUCAACCCAGAUCUAUAUAAGUUCCUGGAGGACAAGAGUGAAACCAACUUCCCUGAGGGCUGCCUGGGACGGCUGUGGUUCUCCGUGGAAUAUCAGCAGGAUGCCGAGCGGCUGUUGGUGGGCUUAAUCAAGGCUCGGAGGCUGCGAGCCCCCUCGGAGAGCUGCAGCCCCCUCGUGAAGCUGCACCUGCUGCCCGACGAGCGGCGCUUCCUCCAGUCGAAGACCAAACGCAAGACCUCCAGCCCGCAGUUUGAUGAGCACUUCAUCUUCCAGGUGUCCAGCAAGAACAUCACUCAAAGGGUACUCAGGUUCUCCGUGUACCACGUGGACAGGCAGAGGAAGCACCAGCUCCUGGGCCAGGUGUUCUUCCCCCUGAGAAAUGAGCCCCUGGCCGGUGACUGCCCGCAUGUCAUCUGGAGAGACCUGGAGGCUGAGAGUGGAGAGCCUCCCUCCGAGUUUGGAGACCUGCAGUUCUGUCUCAGCUACAAUGACUGCCUGUGUCGCCUGACUGUGGUCGUGCUGCGAGCCAAGGGCCUCCAGCUCCAGGAGGACACGAGUUUCGUCAGUGUGUUUGUCAAAGUGUCUCUGAUGAACCACAACAAGUUUGUCAAGUGCAAGAAGACUUCGGCGGUGCUGGGCUCAGCCAACCCCGUGUACAGCGAGACUUUCAGCUUCAAGGCCGAUCCUGCGGAGCUGGACACUGCCAGCCUCAGCCUGACCGUGCUGCAGAGCACCAGAGGGGAGAACAGCCACCAGCUGGGCCGGGUGGUGGUGGGCCCCUACAUGUACGCCCGAGGCAGACAGCUGGAGCACUGGAACGCGAUGCUCAGCAAGCCCAAGGAGCUGGUGAAGCGCUGGCAUGCGCUCUGUCCCACCCCUGAGCCCUGACUCGGCUCAGGACCUCCGUUCUGCCUCCGGAGCCUGCCCUCCCCUGUGGCAGCCAGGAGCCUGGACGGUCGGGCCAGCAUCUCCUUGGGCUGCCAGGGCGGCCUGAGCCAGGGCAGCGUGCGUGCUGAGAGGCAGGAGAGAAGAGGGACCAGCGAGCUCCAGCCGGGUCAGCAGCAUGGCUGGCCACCACCUGCCAGCCUCA